AUGGCUAUCCACUGGUAUGGGCACGAGUGCCCUGGGGUCUCAUCAGGACCCGGCAUCCUGGCGGGGUGUCAGAUUGGUACCUCCCCCACCUCCCCUGGCAUCCGGGGGGGCGUGGUAUGGCCUUCCUUGCCACUCCCACACCUUCCGCGGGGAGCCCAGGUCGUCCCAGAGAGUACUGCCCCCCCCCCCCCCCUCAUCGCUGCCACCCUGCACUCCCUCUGUGGCACCCCAUCGGCCCCCACCACACCCUCUGCUGGUGAUAGCUUGGCGGCUGACCUCACCCACCUCAGCCUGGGUGUGGCGGGGGUGCGGGGGCAGACUGUUGGCGGCGGACGGCAGGACCCGACCUCAGCCACCACCGCCAAUGGCCUGAGUGCUUCAAUUCUCUCCGGUGUGGCAACGGAACGGAAGAGGAACCUGGAGCACAGUUUCGCCAUCUUCCUCCAGCAGCACAUCGACCAGGCACUGGGGAAGGGAUUUGACGACAAUGUGGGUAGGCAUUCCGGACCCCUCUUCUUCAUGGUGCCAAGAGCGAAUGUGUGGUUCGAGGCUGUCAACAAAAUCUAUAAUUUCUUCGUGGCAGAACCAUCGGAGAAGGACACCAAGGCUAAACAGGUCAUGAGCAGCCUUCAGAACCUGGUGGAGACUGAGGUGAGGUUCUCGGCUGCCCGCUGCGCCAAGAUUCUGCCCCUCGCUCUCUCCACCUACAAGGACGGACUGCCCCCACACUACACCCAGCUACAUCACCAGGAGAAGCUGGUCAUGGCUCUCACCGUCCUCAGCGGGCAGGCGAGGGGCCCAAUGUACGAGGAGUAUGUGUCACAGUUGGAGGAAGCGUGUGAGAGGGUGUGGCGCGAUGGGAGGAUGGGAUGCGAGGUGCUGUCCCUGUCUGGUAACACUUGUCAGCACCCUCGACACAACACGGCCUCGGAGGGUGACCGGGAAGGGGUGGAGAGGGGCCUUCCAGUCAUGCCACACAGCUCCGGCGUCACCUACAUCAGCUUUUGCAACUGUGGGCGCCGGCAGGGACAGCGCGAGGACCCCUUCACUGUGCACGAUGCCAACCACCUCUUCUACUCCCUCCUGGCCGACACAUGUUGCACGCGUCUGGAAGCCAUCACCUUCCCCACCUUUAAGCCCAGCGUGUCCAAUGCCAGAGCCGCCAAGGUCUCCGGCUCCGAGGAUGACGACAGCGACACCACCACCACCAAAGCUUAG